AUGGAUGUCGAUUCCGCUACUCCUCACAUCUUUACCGAGGCGAACGUCAAAAAGAGAAGCAGAGGCAACAAGCCGGAGUCCGCCUCUGGCGUUGCCGAGACGGCGGUGGGCAUUAACAGCGACGUCAGUGCCAGUGCCACCGCUGAUGUGAGUAGGCUGGAAUUGAUGCUAGCCCGCGGGCCAGGGUUCGAAAUGAGCCUGAGGGCCUCCAACAGGAUGAAAUCUGCGCGAACACAGUCAAUUCUGAAGGGGUAG